AGUCCAUGCAGCCAUUAAAGGUCCAACAUGACCAUCCAUAUAUCUAUAAAAACACACCCAUUUCCUGAUUAUAACCACCCAUUUUCAAUAAAACAAAGGAGAGAGGUUUAAGAGAAGAACAAAUAACAAAAACCAAAUCAUCUGGCGAAAAGUAAGGUAAAAACAAGAGUUGAUGGAACUGACGAAUCUCAUUGCCUAACACAAGAACCUAAUUGCCAGAGGUUUGAGGAUUGAGGUUUGGUUUCUUAUCAGCCACUAGUUAUUGUUAUACAUGCUUGUAUGUGUAAUAAUGUGUACAUGUGGCAAUUUUGCUGAGUGACACUAGUGUGGCUGUUUGGUUUUUUCUUGUGAUACGUGGGUUAUUUUCUGGUCAAUUAACGACAAAUGAAUGCAUUGCAAGAGUGGCUCUGUUGAGAUUCUUCUUCCUGAGCUGUGGUGGGGUUCUCUAUGGUGAUAAAAAUCAGAGAUUCUGUAAGUACUGGUUUGGAUUCUUGUUGAAGAGAACAAUAUAUGUCAGUGUCGUGUUCUCUUUAUUCAUAUGGGUCUUUUCGACCCAAGACAGCUAUUGAAAAUUGAAAAUUCGGUUAAUAUGGUGACUAGAAGAGUGGAUCUCCGAUCUGACACAGUAACAAAACCAACUGAAGCAAUGAGGGCUGCUAUGGCUAAAGCUGAAGUUGAUGACGAUGUAUUAGGUAAUGACCCGACAGCCCUUUGCCUAGAAACAGAGAUGGCGAGGAUUUUGGGCAAGGAAGCGGGACUAUUUGUUCCUUCAGGCACUAUGGGUAACCUCAUUAGUGUGCUUGUUCAUUGUAAUGUUAGAGGGAGUGAAGUCAUACUCGGUGAUAACUCUCAUAUCCAUAUAUAUGAAAACGGAGGCAUUUCAACAAUUGGAGGGGUCCAUCCAAGGACAGUUAAGAAUAACAAAGAUGGAACGAUGGAUAUUAAUCUGAUUGAAGCUGCCAUUCGAGAUCCUGAAUUCGAGAUUUGUUACCCUACUACUACGCUUAUCUGCUUGGAAAAUUCACAUGCAAACUCUGGUGGUAGAUGUCUUCCUGUAGACUACAUAAACAAGGUUGGAGAGCUGGCAAAUAAGCAUGGGUUGAAGCUUCACAUUGAUGGGGCUCGGAUCUUUAAUGCAUCAGUUGCACUUGGAGUACCUGUUCAUAGGCUUGUUCAGGCUGCUGAUUCUGUUUCGGCAUGCCUAUCAAAAGGCCUGGGUGCUCCAGCUGGAACUGUAAUUGUUGGUUCAAAAAGCUUUAUUGCCAAGGCUAAGAUUCUUAGGAAGACGUUAGGUGGUGGAAUGAGACAGGUCGGUGUCCUGUGCGCAGCUGCUUUGGUUGCAUUGCAAGAGAAUGUUGCAAAGCUUGAAGGUGAUCACAAGAAAGCUAAGGUUUUAGCUGAGGGACUGAACAAAAUCAAAGGACUAAAAGUGGAUGUUACUUCUGUGGAGACCAACAUUGUAUAUUGUGAUAUAUUGGAGGGGACAAAUAUUACUGCACCCAAAAUUUGCAUGGCUUUGGAAGAACUUGGUAUACUUGUGAUGCCAGAGGGUUUAUCCAGAAUAAGGAUUGUGUUUCACCACCAAAUUUCAGAAAGUGAUGUGCAGUACACCCUGUCAUGCAUUCAGCAUGUUGUAACUGGAACCCCACAUGAAAAUGGUGACACGUGAGAUAAGUUCCUCUCUUUUUAGGGCCAUCUCCAUCUUCUGCAAUGGUGUUACAGCUAUGGUGACAAAAAAGUCAUCUUGGUUUCAGAACCCUUUUAGCUGAUCUAUUAUGUAUGAAUCUCCAAUAAAGUUCUUCAAGUUUUUAUAUGCUCUCUGUUGCUAUGUUUGCCGUACCUAAUCCAGGAAUGAAAAGUUUAAUAUGGGAAAAGCUUUGAUAUUGAUAUGUCUCUGGUCUACAUAUCAUAGUGUG